AUGUCUCUAAGACCCACUUCGACCAAAACAACAAAAUCUAUCCAUUUCCAUUUCAAAACUAAAACUACCCUUAAACCAUGUUUACUUUCUUUAUCCUCUUUUGUUCCCCUUAGAAGCCACCAAACCCUAUCUUUUACUAACCAGCUUGUGCGGCCUCCUCGAUUGAGGCAUCAUGGGGUUUUGGCAGUCAGGUGUUUUGGUGCUGCUAAUGUUCAUUCGAAAAAACUUGCUUUGCCAUAUAUGUCUAUGCAGAGCUUGAAUUAUAACAGGUUUGCUUACCGGGAUGUUUCUAGUGAUGAGUCGGAUUAUGAAUUGGGGUCAUCCCAGAAGGAAAUGACAGGUUCGACUCUCGAUAAUGUUGAUGAUUGGAAAUGGAAGUUAACUAUGCUUCUUCGCAAUAAAGACCAGCAAGAAGUUGUAUCAAAUGAGAAAAAGGACAGACGUGAUUUUGAGCAUCUAUCAGCUGUGGCAACCCGAAUGGGUUUACACAGCCGUCAGUAUUCAAGAGUUGUUGCGUUUAGUAAAGUCCCUUUGCCAAAUUACAGACCUGAUCUGGACGAUAAGCGUCCACAGAGAGAGGUGACCUUACCUUUUGGGUUACAAAAAGAAGUAGAUGCUCAUCUCAAAGCUUACGUUUCCAAAAAGCCCAUGAGCAGAGGAUUUUUUUCUCCCGACUCCUUGUCAAGAUCAAGCAGUGGUGGGAGUAUGAACACUGAUGAAGGAAUCUAUGAGCAGCCAGAAUCUUUAGUACAAAAUAGUCCUGCCAUGGAGAGAAUUCUCCAUCGGAAGAGUUUGGAGCUUCGUAAUCAACAAAAAGAGUGGCAGGAAUCUCCUGAGGGCCAAAAGAUGAUUGAAUUUCGUAGAAGCCUUCCUGCAUAUAAAGAAAGGGAUCUGCUGCUAAAAUUCGUAUCUGAAAAUCAGGUUAUUGUUGUCUCUGGCGAAACUGGUUGUGGUAAAACCACACAACUUCCACAAUACAUACUAGAAUCCGAGAUUGAAGCUACUCGCGGAGCCGCUUGUAGUAUUAUAUGUACACAGCCUAGAAGAAUAUCGGCUAUGUCUGUUUCUGAAAGAGUUGCUGCAGAACGAGGGGAGAAACUGGGAGAAUCAGUUGGUUAUAAAGUUCGGCUAGAGGGUAUGAAAGGAAGGAACACUCGACUUCUAUUUUGUACUACUGGCAUAUUGUUGAGGAGAUUACUUGUGGACAGAAAUUUGAAAGGUGUAACUCAUGUCAUUGUUGAUGAGAUUCAUGAACGUGGAAUGAAUGAAGAUUUCCUUCUUAUUGUACUGAGAGAUCUGCUUCCUCGUCGGCCGGAGUUGAGAUUGAUUUUGAUGAGUGCAACCUUAAAUGCUGAGCUUUUCUCUUCCUACUUUGGUGGUGCUCCAACAAUUCAUAUUCCUGGUUUUACAUAUCCUGUCCGUGCACAAUUUUUAGAGAAUAUUCUUGAAAUGAUCGGGUAUCGGUUGACCCCUUACAAUCAAAUUGACGAUUAUGCUCAAACAUUCAAAAAGAGGAAGAGCCAGAUUGCUUCUUCCGUUGAGGAUGCUCUUGAUGUGGCUGACUUUAAGAGUUAUAGUUCACGCACUCGGGAGUCUUUAUCCUGUUGGAAUCCUGACUCGAUUGGUUUUAACCUCAUUGAGCGUGUGCUUUGUCACAUAGUUACAAAAGAGAGACCUGGUGCUGUGUUGGUUUUUAUGACUGGUUGGGAUGACAUAAACUCUUUAAAGGAUCAAUUACAAGCUCAUCCUAUCUUGGGUGAUCCUAGCAGAGUAUUGUUACUGGCCUGCCAUGGUUCCAUGGCCAGCUCUGAGCAGAGGUUAAUAUUUGAUAAGGCCGAAGAUGGAGUGAGGAAAGUUGUUCUAGCUACAAAUAUGGCAGAGACUAGUAUUACUAUCAAUGAUGUGGUAUUUGUGGUUGACUGUGGAAAGGCAAAGGAGACAUCAUAUGAUGCUUUAAAUAAUACUCCUUGUUUGCUUCCAUCGUGGAUCUCAAAGGCUGCUGCACGGCAAAGAAGAGGAAGAGCUGGUCGUGUUCAACCUGGGGAGUGUUAUCAUCUCUAUCCCAGAUGUGUUUAUGAUGCUUUUGCAGACUAUCAAUUACCAGAACUUUUAAGGACACCUUUGCAGUCUUUGUGUUUGCAAAUCAAAAGUCUCCAACUUGGAAGUAUAUCAGAGUUCCUAUCAAGGGCCUUGCAGCCACCAGAGCCUCUGUCGGUUCAAAAUGCUGUUGAGUAUUUGAAGCUGAUUGGGGCUUUAGAUGAGAAUGAAAAUCUGACAGUGCUAGGACGUCAUUUGUCAGUCCUUCCAGUUGAGCCUAAGCUUGGGAAAAUGCUCAUACUUGGGGCUAUUUUCAACUGCCUAGAUCCAAUAAUGACUGUCGUUGCCGGUCUUAGUUUCAGAGAUCCAUUCUUAAUGCCAUAUGACAAGAAGGAUCUUGCAGAGUCUGCAAAAGCACAUUUCGCUGGUCGUGAUUACAGUGACCACCUUGCACUUAUCCGGGCCUAUAAUGGUUGGAAAGAUGCAGAAAGACAACAAUAUGAUUAUGAGUACUGUUGGAAGAAUUUUCUUUCUGCACAGACUCUGAAAGCCAUUGAUUCCUUAAGGAAGCAAUUCUUUUACUUGCUCAAGGAUACUGGCCUGGUUCAUCAGCAGCCAGAAAAUUGCAAUGCAUGGGGCAUUGAUGAGCAUCUAAUGCGAGCAGUCAUCUGUGCAGGCCUGUUCCCUGGAUUGUGUUCUGUUGUGAACAAGGAGAAGUCGAUAGCACUGAAAACAAUGGAGGAUGGUCAGGUGCUUUUGUACUCAAAUUCUGUGAAUGCUGGGGUGCCCAAAAUUCCAUACCCUUGGUUGGUUUUCAAUGAAAAAGUGAAAGUGAAUUCAGUUUUUCUCCGCGAUUCAACUGGUGUUUCUGAUUCCAUGCUGCUUUUAUUUGGAGGAAAAAUUGAAAGGGCUGGACUAGAUGGACACCUAAAAAUGUUGGGAGGAUACUUGGAAUUUUUUAUGAAAGACACAUUAGGAGAGAUGUAUUUAAGCUUAAAGAGAGAGCUUGAUGAACUAAUUCAGAACAAACUUCUAGAUCCCAAGAUGGAUAUACAGUCCCACAAUGAGCUUCUGAUGGCAAUAAGAUUGCUGGUUUCAGAGGACCAAUGUGAUGGUAGAUUUGUAUUUGGUCGACAGCUGCCAGGACCUUCAAUGAAGGCAGAAAAGGCUAAAAAUGUCUCUGGUGAUGGGGGUGACAAUAGUAAGGGUAAGCUUCAAACUUUACUAGCGAGGGCAGGACAUGAAGCUCCCACUUAUAAGACAAAACAACUGAAAAACAACCAGUUCCGUUCUACUGUUAUCUUCAAUGGGUUGGACUUUGCGGGGCAGCCUUGCAGCAGUAAGAAACUUGCAGAAAAGGAUGCAGCCGCAGCAGCUCUACUUUGGUUGAAAGGGGAGACCCAUUCAUAUUCCAGAAAUACUGACCAUGUGUCAGUACUUCUGAAGAAGAGCAAGACCAUAAAUGAAAACAGAAUCCCAGUUCGUGGUGGUAAAUGGAAUUAG